AUGAGUGCACGUGCACUUCACACCAUACGCUUAGAUCGUGAAAAUAGAGCCCAGUGUGUCGUAUAUUCACGCUUCAAGAACAUUCCUAAAGAGUUUCGUAUCCCGGCGGAUCAGGGCAUCGCUGGUCAUGUUGCCACCACGGGGAAGAUUCUCAAUAUCAAGGAUGCGUACUCUCACCCUCUGUUUUACCGCGGUGUGGACGACAGCACGGGCUUCAGAACACGAAACAUCCUCUGCUUUCCCAUCAAAGAUGAAAAUGAAGUUUCGUUUAGGUUUUGUCUAAUGGUGAAGAAGGGCUACAGAGACCCUCCGUAUCACAACUGGAUGCACGCGUUCUCUGUGUCUCACUUCUGCUACCUGCUCUACAAGAACCGACUCUCCAACUACCUCCAAGAUAUAGAGAUUCUGGCGCUCUUUGUGUCCUGCAUGUGUCAUGAUUUGGACCAUCGAGGAACAAACAACUCUUUCCAGGUCGAUUCGCAAUCCGUCCUGGCGGCUCUUUACAGUUCAGAGGGAUCUGUAAUGGAGAGACAUCACUUUGCUCAAGCCAUCGCAAUUCUCAACACGCACGGCUGCAACAUCUUUGAGAAAUUCUCUAGAAAGGAUUACCAGCGGAUGUUGGAUCUGAUGAGAGAUAUCAUUCUGGCCACAGAUUUGGCUCAUCAUCUGAGAAUCUUUAAAGAUCUUCAGAAGAUUGCUGAUGCUGGUUAUAACCCCAAGAGUCAAACCCAUCGCAGUCUGCUGCUGUGUCUGCUCAUGACCUCCUGUGACCUCUCAGACCAGACCAAAGGCUGGAAGACCACCAGAAAGAUUGCCGAGUUGAUCUACAAAGAGUUUUUCUCUCAGGGUGAUUUGGAGAAGGCCAUGGGAAACAGACCCAGUGAGAUGAUGGAUCGAGAGAAAGCGUACAUCCCCGAGCUUCAGAUCAGCUUCAUGGAGCACAUCGCCAUGCCAAUAUACAAGCUCCUGCAGGAAAUCUUCCCGCGAUCGGCGGAGCUGUACGAGCGCGUGGCCGCCAACCGUGAGCAGUGGUCCAAAGUCUCGCACAAGUUCACCAUCCGCGGGUUGCCUAGCAACAACUCGCUGGACUUCCUGGAUGAGGAGUUCGAGUUGCUGCAGUCUCAGGGAGCGUUCGGCGAUGACACCCACCGCAUGAACGGCUGCCUCGACGACCAGUGAUGUCACCGGGGGCAAAGGUCACCGGCGGUUCAUUAAGACAGGGGUCGGGUGUGAUGUUCUCCUGUUGCCGUGGAGAUGGAUGCUGACGGUUGAUGAUUGACGGCUGAGAUGUUUAGGUGGAAUGUAAUUUAAGAAAUCUUACAGAAGAGAAUGUAAUAAAACAUUUGAACAGAAAGGGCCUAUAAAUCUAAUUGGAUCUGUCAUGUUUUCAAAAACAUCAAAUUUCAAGUUUCUUUUAAUUUGAAAGAAUCUUGCUGCUAAACUCAAGCUCAUGUUAUUUUGAGUCCUAAUUGAAAUUCGUCAUAUGAAACGGAUGUUCUCCUAAUUAAUCUUCAGUUUCCAAGUGGAACCAAUUUGGCCUCUCAGAUGUCAGUUUGCCCUGUUCAGACAAAAAACAAAACCAUUUUCGAAAUCCCAAACCAAUCAGACCGAAAAAGUCAUCGAAGCGAACAGCAGCUGUCGUUCAGAGAGCCGUGAGGAGAUGCUGAUGGGAGGAGGUCGUGUAUAGUGUGUUUAAAGGGCUCCGAUGGCCCUCGGAGGACACCCACUUUCUCAGGAUGGCGAAUGGAUUUUGCCUUACAAUUGUUUGCGUUGCCUUCCUGAGUGACUUUAAGAGAGAUGUACAAAAGAAAACCUGCCUAUCUCUGUACAGUUCUGAAGCUAUAUGAUCUAUAAAGAUGUCCUACAUGUGUGCGGAUCCACGCGUGACUGUACGUGCAUUUGCCAAAAUCUGCUACGGAACAAAAAAGAGAUUUCUGUCGUAUGAAAAAUGCGAGUUUGCUUUUAAUAUCGUGAGCCAUAAUGCAUAAUGCAAGUUAACCGUAAAUUCUUGAGAAAAAAACAAGACGUUUUAUUUUGCAUUAAGAACGUAUUUGCAGAAUCUAUUUUUGCGUUCCCAUUAUGUUUUAUAAAAGACAGAGCGAAACAUAUCCCAUCAUGCAGAAAUACCUCUUUGUCAUUACUGGAAUCCAGACGCUAUUAACAUGAUCAUAAAUAAAUUCAGCGGGCAUUUUUUACAUUUUCUCAUCGAAAAUCACUGAAACAGGCCAACAAAAAAAAGAGCACAUCCAGUAUGCAAAAUGUCAUUGAUUUCACCCCUUUAAUCUAAAGACGAAUAAAAUAUAAACCAAAUGUUGUUGGUUUUUCUGUGAAAUAACUACUGAAGGUUUAUUGAACCGCAAACGCAAAACUGUGAAUGGUCUGUGGAGAAAAAAGCGUCAAGCUUUGUGUUUCAUGCGAAAUAUUCAUUCUUCAGAAAUGUUGAGAUGUUUUUUUUCUGACGUCUGCUGUAUGAAAGAUAAAAGCUCGUGCUGGAACUUGAAACUCAUUUUCAAUACUUUUCUUAUCAAGUGUUUUUCUCCAUCAGAUGUUUUUGUUUCAUCAUCACAGACACGCUUUUGUUUUCUUGUGCAAUAAGUGCUUUGUUCACCUCACGAUGUGUACAUUGUAAAAUAUUUCUUUUGACACGCUUUAUUUGCUCUGUUAUUUCUACACGUUUGUAUUCGUAGGUGACGGUGAAUAACUUUUCUUUUGUUUGGAAUAGAAAUACUCUCUAGUGCCAAUACUACACACGUAAAUAUGUUUCUCGUGUAAUGUCUGAAUAUUUCAGCUGAAUCCAGGGAUAGUCUUGACUUCUUCUUCGAGUUCCCUUUACUAACAAUCUGGUGAAAAGAUGCAGUGCAGUUUUUCAUGAUGUCUGUUCACAUUUGAAGAGAUUUGGGCUGUGCCCGAAAUCGCCUCAUUCACUAUUCCCUACAUUAGUUCACUAAAAUACGGAGCCCCUUUAGGUACAUGGGGUGGAAAAAAUAUGAGAGGGAAGAGAAAAUAUAUUUUUAAAGGUUUUGCGUUAUCUCGCAAAACUUUUGCCUUAUCUCGCAAACAUAUUUGCGUUAUCUCGCAAAACUUUUGCGUUCCCUCGCAAACACAUUUGCGUUAUCUCGCAAAACAUUUUGCGAGUUCUGACAAACACUUCAUGUUUAAUGUCCUGCUGGCAGAAUUUAAGACUAGCUCCGUACAUAAACAUGGUCUAUAGUCGCAGAUUCCCGGACCAAUAACUCGUGAGCUAAACGUUCUUAUAACACAAAUGACACCUCAUUCUAUGUAACGUAAACAAUGAAUUUUAACUUACUUUUCCACAAAUCGAGCCUUGUAUUGAUCUCAGGCGGGAGCUGGCUGAGACAAGACUGAAGGGAUCGUCUGUAAAGUGCAAAACCCGAAGAUCAUCAGGCUACAAAAAAUAGUCAUUAACUUCAGUGUUACAUACCGUCUGCAAAGUGACUGCAAAUCUGAAAAGCGUUACUACAAAAAUAGUCAUUAAUAACUUAAAUGUUACACACUGUGUUCUCACCAAAUUCAGUUUACACAUUAAUGCUCUCCUGCUGAAUUUAAACUGGUUUUAGUUGUCCAUGUCGCCUGCUCUUAUGGAGAUCAAUUUAUAUUCUCGUUUUGAGGAAGACUAGGUUGUAGAUCAUUGUCUAAGGAAUUAUGUGUUAUUUGUGUUAUAACAACGUUUAGCUCACGAGUUAUUGGUCCGGGAAUGGAGCGGGACAACAGGACUUUUGAAUGUUUUGCGAGAGAACGCAAAAGUUUUGCGAGGGAACGCAAUGUUUCUCGGGGAACACAAAACUUUUGCGAGAUAACGCAAAAGCUUUUAAAAAUAUGUUUCUCUUCCCUUUCAUACUUUUUCCACCCCAUGUCCCAAAAAGGGCUCCGUACUAAUAUAGUCCACUUUAAGCGAGUGAGUAAAUUCGGACACUGAAGCGCUGCGGGCGCCAUCUUCUUUUGCCGAGAGGCGGGAAAUCAUUCAGCGCGCGCAUCACGACAGAUGGGUAGCAGCUAGCCGUUGAGUGUACAUCGGUCGUGCACUCGUUAUUAUGAUGCAUCAUGGGAUUGAACGAGUGCACUCAAUAAUGUCCACUAUGAAUUCGGACACCACUGAAAAUGGAUGUCCCCUCAAACAGUGCACUGUAACUGGGGUAUAGGGGGCUAUUUCGGACACAGCCUUGGUGUUAUAAACUCAAUGAAUAUUUACGUUACUGACGCUCUGUGCUUUGACUUUUCUGUAUAACUGAGUGCUGGAUAGUCAGUUUAUAUGGUGAUAAAUACACACAUUUGUGUAGAUAUUGUACAGACUUAACUGUGUCUUACAACUGUUGAAGAAACUAGACAUUAUGACUGACUAUAAAAAUGACUUUUUAUCCAAAAUAAACUUCGUCUCAGUGACAAAACGCAAACCUGUUGCUCG